UUGCGUGGUGGCAUUGUGUAAGAACGGGUCUGCAUCGUGUCUCUUUCCCCGGUUUCGUCUCUUGUCAACUUUUUGACGGAAAGCUGAAGAGGCGCCCGAGAUGGUCGACCGCGCCAGCCAAGGGGGGAUGGUGUACCGCUAUGUCAGGACGAACGAGAACGGACUCAAGAUUUACCAAGUGGAAGCGACCGUGAAGAUCAAGGACGAGAACAACAAGAUCCAGAUACUCACCAUCGGCAAGAGCAACGACAAACCGACCAAGACGAUACUCCUGAUCGGCCAAACAGGAGCCGGGAAAUCAACGCUGCUGAACGCCACGAUCAACCACAUUCGACAAGUGAAAGCCGAUGACGAUUUCCGCUUCUACAUCCAGGAUGAAAUCGGCGACGCUGAGAAGUCGUCGACGGUGAGCCAGACGGAGUACGUGACGGGGUACUUGGUCUACCACCAGGCCGGGAUGCCACACGAGUGUAACUUCCUUAUCAUCGAUACGCCCGGACUGGCGGACACGAGGGGAAAGGAAGAGCAGACCAGAAUCAGGAAGCAGAUGGAGAUUUUCCUUCGCGAGGUGAAGUUUGAGGUCGAUGAGCUUCACUGUCUGGGCUUCGUGAUCAACGGAACCAUCAACAGGUCACAUGAUUACCUGCGGGGAAUCAUCCACGAUUUCGAAGAUUUAUUUGGAAAAGACACCACUGAUAUAACGAAGAUUCUCGCGACGCAUGUUGACGAAACGCCGCCAGUCAGUAAAGUCUUAAAGGAAAUGAACAUCAAGGCUGACAAAAUGUAUUCUUUCGACAACGGCGUCCUCUACAGCAACUGCCUUGAAAGAACGAGGAGGGCGCUCCUUAAUAAACUCAAGUGGGAGAACCUCGUUGACCAAUACGAAGAAUUUUUUGAAGACCUAAUUAUUGCCAAGCCAGUAAGUCUAAAGCUGACCAGAGAAGUCAUAGCCGAGAAGAUGAACUUGGAAAGGUCACUGAUGAUGCUCAAAAAACACAUAGACAACAGGGUUCACACUCUCCUGGAAAAUAAGAGCAAGAAGAAGCUCUACGAGAAGUACAACGACUGCAUGAGGAGGAACGAGGCCUUUGAGGGGGAAGAGACGAUAACUGUCAAACGGAGAAACAAGAUUGUCGGGAGGUUCACCCACGCCCAUAACUGCCCCACGUGCGAGCAGACGUGCGUCUACCCCUGCACUGCGUUGAAAAGCGCCUUUUGCAUGUGUCCGAAAGCAAACCUCACUUGCGAAUUCUGCCCUUGUCGAAACGGAGAUCACAAACGCGAAUGUGAAACAAUAAACGAGACGCUCGAGACCAUCAGAGUCACUCACGCUACAAUGAAGGACAGGUACGAGCAGGCCAGGGUGGACAAGCAGAGCGUCGAGGAAGUGGUGAACAAGCUAGAAAAGGACAUCGCCAACCAGUCGACGCAAAUUGCCACGUACAUCAAGAAGACGGUCCAGCACAUCGAGAGGAUUAACGAGAUAACGAGGAAUCCAAACAUGAAGACCCCGCAGGAGUACAUACAUUGCAUUAUUAAAGAGAUCAAAAGUACAGCAGUUGCAGAUAUUAAGGAUCCGUCAGACAGAAUGUUCGUGAUUAACACUUUAGAUGCACUGCCACAGCAAAUUAGUAAACUUGACUUACACGAGGACGACCCUCAGAGUACGACCCUGCGAAGUCGUUUCAAGGGAAUCGCCAUUCGAGCCAAGAGCUGCAUGGAGGGUGGCCUCAACGCCCUGACAGUGGCAUGAAGCGCAUAUUAACUAUUUUAUGCAUGUGCAUACACACACACACACACACACACACACACACACACACACACACACACACACACACACACACACAUAGAUAUAGUGGAUGCUCUUCAAACCUCGCCUCUAAGAGACGUUCCAGAAUCCAGACGGAGUGCCCAGUGGAAGAAUAUUUGUUUUGUUUUUAAUUCUCACUUUAUGUCAAGUUACCACUUUUCUACCCCCCACCCCCGUUUCUAAACCAUUGUUGGUAGCGUUUUCUUUGUUUUCUUUCGUCCUUUUAAGUAAUGCUCGAUGUCUGUUAUUGCUUAAGGUCUUAAAGUUUGCCCUCGUAGCAUUUUAUUUAAUGAUUUUAAUAAAUUUUACCGUCAUUUUAAUUGUUAAUUUUCAGAGUGAGAUAUUUUUCGAAUUCUUACCUUAGCUAUUUGUUUGAUUUAUAAAUAAUUUUACCCUGAAUUGAUUUCAUUCAUGUUUUAAAUCACUGACAUCGUUCCUUUAGGGUUUUUUUAAAGCCAUAUCUAUCAGUGAUCUAAAUUAUUUAGACGUUACCAGAACAAAGAUUACUUGAUGGACGUUCUUUUUAAUAUGUUUUUUUUCAAUGAUUUAAUUGUUUUCAAGUGCUUUUAUAGUUUUUUUUAUAGUUAACGUAAGUUUCUUUUCCUUAUCUUAGUAUUUUGAGUAAAGUAACGACAUUUUGGUAUGUGUGCGUUCUUGUUUUACAUUCGCGCCUUAAGCAGUAUUAUUAUUUCUGCUUCUUUUAUUUCUUUUAUUCGUUGUAUUUCAAGGAUAAGCUGAACCACAAGGAUUUCAUUUAAUAUUACUCCGUUCAGGGUACAUGUCAAGCCUACCAUUCUUAGAAGUCCAGGAUCUGUACUGAAUUGUGCAGGGAGUGAACGGGACCCUUAUUUGCGUUCGUAAGCCGUUGCCGCAUCACGGGAGUCUUGAGCUCGCUAGGGUUUAGGUGGGCUCCUCAUUACAAUAUAUAUGUAUUUAUAUAUUUAUAUGUAUACAUAUAUAUGUAUUUGUGUGUGUGUGUAUGUGGGUGUGCAUGCAUAUGUAUAUAUAUAUACAUAUAUACAUAUGCAUGCUCCUAUAUGUAUGUGUAAGUGUAUAUGUUUGUAUGUGCGUGUGAUGAAGGAAACGCUUAUGAAGGUACAUGAAUAUUACCUUACAAGUAUAUGUGUUAUGGAUAAGUUUGUAUCCAUUUUUUUUUUUUUUUUUUUAUAUAAGUACUGAAUAACUUUCGACUACGAGAGUUUUGGUUUGUUUUGUCUGGUGUAUUGUAUCAAUUACUUGUAAUUACGCUUACCUUUUUAUACUAUUUAAUAACAUUUUUUUAAUAUGGUUUCUUUUAUUAUAUCACGACUUGUAGCUUCAAUUAUACCAUAUUAGAGAUUUAUAACUUCUGAAAUACAAAAGUUUCAGACAAGACUUAAACGUUAUUUUGACGUUAUGUAAAAAGUUCGUAAACUCCAAAGCCUUUUUUGUUGUUGUUGUUAAAAUGCAAGGAGAAGAAAUUUGUUUACAAUGAUAUUUAGGCUUAUUUCAUUGCCAAUGAUAACUGAUGCUGAAUUUUUUACUACUUAAUUUAUAUGCCGAUAUCAAAUAG